AUGACGUCCUCGUCAGAAGAAGGCAUCGAGGAGAAUGGCGGCUCGAUGACUCUCGCAUCGACGACGACGACGACAACGGACAGAAGAUGUUCGCAGGACGUGAGGAAGCACUCGCAGCACAAGCAGGAAAAAGCGAUUGUGCACGAUUUGGAGUGCGCCUCGAAAGGUUGGUUGGUUGAGAGAAAGAAGGGUCGGGAAGGGACUGAGCUUAUAAGGGGACGGGUUUUGUAAAUAAAUUCCUGGCAGAGUGCCAACUAGUAGUACUUGGACUGUUUAGAUAAAUAAACAAAAGUGCGAAGGAUUGAGGAGAGAAUGACAGACGUAGAGAUGACUAGACUGUGCUCUCGAGGAUGAGAGAGAAAUGAGAACGGAGAUCAAAGAGGUCACAACACAGAAAGGAUCGCAUUUCAAAUAGUUCCAAAGAUUUACAGUUAUCAGUUAGUGGGUGAGAGAGUGGAGACGUUGGGAUGAGAGAGAUAGAUUCUAGAAAGGAGAGACGGAGAAUUCCACUGUAAUGUGUUAUUGAAUCACUAUUGAACAAAGUGUGUCAAACAUGGUUCGUCUCUGUAGACCUCCUAGUAUUAGACGUAAAUCGGGUAUGUUGUCAGACUUCUCUUUGUUUUUUCCUCGUAACUUAAUAGCCGUCCCAGGUCAUGUUGAUCCCAUCAUGAAUUGAGGGUAAGUAGGGAUAGCAUUACGUGUGCAUAAAAACUUGUCCGUUCCGACUACUCUCCAUCAUCAUCGUUGUCGUCAUUGUUGUUAUAAACACAAUCAUCACGAUGAUUUCUACCAUCAUCUACUGUUUUUCCCCUUCUCCUACAAUCCUCAUUUCCGCGCAUUUUGCCUCCACUGACACGUAUUCGAUCGACCGGAGAAGUGUCAUUCACAAAGAACACGCAAGAAGGCGGCAAGGAGAGAAGAAGAAAAAGAAACAUUUUCAUUCGCACCCGCCACAAUCGGCGGCAUCCACGCUGCCUUCACAUCGACAAUUUAUUGCAAUUGUGUGUGGGUGACAUUGCGCGAAAAAGACGGAGAAGUCACUUGUCAGCAGCACCUAGUAAUGGAUAGUCUUUCGGAGGGUUUGGGAUGGAAACCACUGAAAUGUGAUAGGGUCUUUAGUGUUCCCGGAGGAAUAAUUCGGGGGUCUCCACCAACUUCAUUCUACCUGUGUCCUCGUUCGUUGUAAAGUUGUUGGAAUCAUUCGCCUUGCUGCCAUCAUCAAUAGUCCCGUUGGAACCUGGAGUGAGAUCAGUGAGACGGAGACGGCGAAAGGGCAUGCGAGGGGGAGAAGAAGAAGAAGAUCGCCCUCCCCGGGAGCCAUGGCCGAGAAGGCAGUUGUCCCCGUCGAGAUUCUCGAGAGGGGGAGAAGUCAUUCGUGCCUGCCCGGCCGCCAUCACCUCAGUUCGUGUUCGUUUUGAGAUCAACGACAUGCGAACAUGAGUAUUCGGCUGCCGUUGUGUGCCUCUAUUGGCGUCGAUGAUCAUUAUGAUUUCCAAGGUUUGUGCAAGAUUCAACUGUAAAGCAUUCACAUGACGAUGCUUUUUUGCGUGCUCUGAAUCUCAAAUCCAUUAAGAUAAGAGUCACAAGACAAAGAGGAAUUCCAGAAGAGGGGCAGAAAGAGAUAAGAUCUUUCUGUCAAUUUAGCGUGUCUUUCAGAUUUCACUCAAUCUUGUCUUAUCGUAGCCUUUAGAGAACUCUGGGCGAUACUGAAUUCUGAAUUCCAGUCAUUAUUUAUAGAGAUUCCUCUUCUGACCCAUCUUCUCAAUUCUAUGUUUCAAUAGAAAAAUAAUACCAACUAGGUGUAGCUGAGUAAUUCACGACCUUCUUGUUUUUCUCGCAAAGUCAUUUGUCUUAUCAUCAAGGAUUCGUGUGAUUAGUCUCUUAACUUCACUUUUCCGAUGACUCACUCCCACUCGUAUUCGACCAAGUUUCGAUCCGUCUUCUUGUCAACACAUCCUCAUUCUUCGCCUACUUUUUAUACUAUCCGCCCAAAUCACUUCAUGAUCCCCCUUCGUUCGACUUCCGUCCGCUCUCACUCGUCGUUUAAUUGUUUCUUCUCACCAGAAUGCAUACCGCCGAAGGUUCUUUCCACAACCUUCACUUCUCACUUAUCGUAUCUCUUCCGAUCCGACCUGCAGUGUCUUUCGUCCACUCCAGCCAUUGUGCUUGGACUCGUCCACUCUGCUCGGCCGCCCAUUUCAUAAAUCAUCAUCAAAAUUGAUCCGUCAAUUUUGUGUCCGUCGUCGUCCUCUUCGCCCAUGGACUCUUCGCCGUCGGCUCUCUUUCUCUUCUGCUCACUCUGGCGUGUCACACCUGCAAUUCGUAUCCCAUGCCUAACACCACAUGUUGCUUCUUUUUCGUUUUUUCCCCAUCUUCCAAUUUUCAACGCAAAUGGUUCUGGGUCAAUUCAUUUAGUUUCGAUGACUGCUUCCUACUCAAAAAGUUCCCACACAGAAUACUUGAUUCUCCUUCGCACUUUCCAAUAGGGUGUGUAAUUCAAUUCGAUGACUACAUAAUUAGUUAGGUGGGCCCUUCCUUCCCCGCCUCCUCUUCAUCGCAUUCCCACGACUACUGUUGGUUCGACCCGAAAGCUAGAGAAUGGAGGGAGGAAUAUGAUAUUGAAUUGCUUUUCUCUCUUUUCGAGCACUGGUUGUGUCAUUUAGGCCGAUGGGGCGGCGGGUGCUUACCCCACACAGAAGACCGCCAAAUGUGUCCGUAUGUCUACGCGAUUCUAUUAUGCAACGAUGCGAAUGAGCGAGGAAGAAGGAGAAGAAGAAGAAGACGGCGGAGCGCAUCCCUUUGUCGGGUUCGGCUUCUCGCCCUUCCUUCGCCCAAAAAGUGUGCGUGUCCUCCUCAUCGCCGUUUCCAUUUUUCCAAUGUUUCACCGCAUCCCACAUUCGCUCCAGGCACUUCAUUCGCAUUCUUCCUCUCGUUUCCAUUGCUGCUCCCCCUCCUCCUUCUUGUUCUUCUUCUCUUUUUUCGUGCUGCUAUGAGAACGUCAAACGGAGCCCAUGUGCAUGUGCACACACAUGUCGCUCCAGUCCCGUUUUACACGCCUUCUCCCGUGUUUUUUGGCCGAAGAAAGUGUUGUGAAGUGUGCCAAAGCACGGCGAGAAAUUGCAUUUUGCUCUUCUUUUUUCUGCAAGCUCCUGAGCCGAAUGCUGGUUGUUCUUCUCCUCAUUUCUUUCUCGUCGAGGUACUUUGCGCCUAGAACACGCAACGUGGCGUCAUAGGGCAAACAAAUGUGAACUUAGGCAACCAACAAACAGUUGCCGCCUCGUAACGAGAGAUUUAUUGCCCAGACUGGGGCUAUCAGGCAUGGGAAACGUCGUCUGUUUAUUUGCACACAUGUUGCCAUCUCCAAACAUUUGAAUCGGACAGGAGUACUCUGAGAAAUUGGAAGAAACACACGUUUAGGAUUCUAGGGAGAGCAAGUCUCCUGUGAAGACGUCGGGCUGUCAUCAAGCUGUCAUCAUCAUUGCCGUCUUCAUAGUCUUCAUCGCCUUUUUCUCAAUUUCUUUCCCCCUCCUCUUCCAAUUUCUAUCCCUUCGGCCUUUUCAAGAAGCAGACGUCUUCCGAUUCCAUUUCUUUAAUACUAUAAAUGACUUUUAGUGGUGUGGCGCAACGAAGAAAAUAAACGGAAGUAUCAUUGUUUGGGGGCUCUCCGCCAAUAUUGCGACACAUAAAAGGGAUCCCAUCCCAUCCGUUUUAGUAUUUCGACCAAUGCUUUUUGUUUUUCAUUUCCAUCCGAGUCGUCCUCCGUCCCUUUCUUUCCUUACGAGGGGGCCAGGUUCCGACAACAAAAUGAAUAGGUUCCUCCAUCUCUUUCACACUAAAAGAGCCACGCCAUUCUCAUAAUUAUUCCUCUUCAUUUUUCAGAAUUCCGAACAAAAAUGAGCGAUCAGCUCAAAUGCCUCGGCGACAGGACUGAAGUGCAGUUGAGCAGUCUCUCCGAGCUGCAAGAUUAUUUCCGAAAGCGAGGAGAGAUCGAGACAGAAUAUGCAUGCAAACUGGAGAAAUUGUCGAAGAGUAUAGCACAGAAGCACAAAUCAGAACGAAGUCGGCGGGAAGGAUGGCAGCAGCACACGUCGAGCACUGUCUGGCACACGCUUGUUGAGCAGACGAAAGAGGAGUACAAGAAGAGGCAGGCGCUCGGAGAGCUCUACGGAAAGCAGAUGACAGCGAGCAUCGAGACGAGGUGUGAGGAUCUGGCGAAGAUUUCGAAGCGAUGCAGAGAAAUCGGGUCGUUCUCGCACAACGAACUGAACAGAGUGCUCACGGAGCUGCAGACCGCCAUGAAGACGUAUCAGUUGUGCUACGCAGAAAUGUGCGGAAUAGAGAGGAAAAAGAAGUCAGCGGAGGAAGAUGUGAAGCGGUACGAAGAUUCGAACCCCGGGAAGUACGAGGGAUCCAGAAGACACCGUUCGCUCAUCAAAUACUACAAACGACGAGAGGAGAAGUACGAAGCGGUCAGACUGAAGUGCACGAAGGCGAGAAACGAAUAUCUUUUGUGCGUCAAAGCAGCCAACGCCGCACUUCAUCGCUUCUUCGCCCAAGAUCUGUCGUAUCUGAUCGACUGCAUGGAUCUGGGAAUGGACUUCUGGCUGCGUGCGAUGCUCGAGAAAGUGAUUGAGGAGAGGAAGAAAAUCACCCAGCACGAGAUGGAUUCCCUCGCCAGCCUGAGCACCCUCCGAUCAUCCGUCGACGUGAAGGCUGACAAGCAGAAGUUCUUCGAGGCCAAUCAUCAGCUGUUCAUGCUCCCGAAACAGUUCGAAUUCCGUCCGCAACUGGGCGAUGAUAUCAUGGAAGUGUCAGCCGAACAGAGUCUUUCCGCCGACCUGCUCCAAAGACAAAUGCAGAUAGAAAAGCGACUCGAAGGGCUGCAGUUUGAGGUCGAUGAGGUCUGGAAGUCUCUGGAAGCGUCGGAGAAACAGCUGCUGCAACUGUACAACACACAAUUCGACGGAGACGCAGGCAAAUGGAGGAACGACCUGCAUGUAACCUAUCAGUACUAUCUCAAGGUGAGUUAUCAAUUCAGCGCGUGUGCAUCAAAACCAAUUGUUCUUUCAGAAGUUCGAGUUGUUCCUUCUCAAUGGGAACUUGAUGGAACGGCUGGAAGCGAGAAGUGCCUCAAUCGGCGAGGCGCUCGGCAAGCAUGGAAUAUCUCUAAAGUCGGCAUCAAUCGGAUCGGGGAGUGAAAGAAACGGAUCUUUCGGUGACAAUGGAGCCGCCCAGAAUCAUUAUCUGCUCGAGGAACGAAGAUCGAAAGCCAGAAGAAUAGGAGGAAUCGCUGCGAAGAGUCCGGAUGAGAGGCCACGUCCCAAGUUGUUCGGAGGGAGUCUGGAUGAGUACGUGGAGGCGACUGGAGAGAAGAUCCCGCUGUUCGUCCAGUCAGCCAUCUCCUACCUCUCCCGCUUCUCUCUCCGUAAUCAAGGACUCUUCCGAGUUUCUGGCUCGCAAUCAGAGAUCAAUCGAUUCAAAGAGGCUUAUGAACGGGGCGAGGACGUGUUCCAGUAUCUCGAGGACGGAAGCGACACCAACUCUGUGGCCGGAGUGCUCAAACUCUAUUUCCGAGAGCUUCGCGAGCCCGUCUUCCCCAUUUUCAUGUUCGAGCAGUUCUGCGACUGUGCGAAAGCAGACUCCCCGCCGGAGUUCGUCCGUCGUGCUCGGGAGCUCAUCUCUAAACUGCCGGUGUCCCACGUACUCCUCCUCCGUUUCCUUUUCGCCUUCCUCAGCCAUCUCUGCGAGUUUGCCGAUGAGAAUAUGAUGGAGCCCCACAACCUGGCUAUCUGCUUUGGUCCCACACUUUUGCCGAUCCCCGAAGGAAGAGACCAAGUGUUCUAUCACAAUUAUGUCAAUGAGCUCGUUCGCAAUUUGAUUGUGCACGCCGACGACGUCUUCCCACGAGAUAUCGCCGGUCCAGUCUACGACAAGUACGCCAUUCAAAGGUUUAUGGACGGCAAUUUCAUAGAGGAAAAGUGAGUUUGUUUGUCGACUUCAUAACUUUUCGAAUUGUUUGCUCUUUCAGUGAUCUGGUCUCCGAAGACGAAGAAGCCCACGAGAAAAAGUCUCUUCCUCCCAGCCGUCACAUGCUCGACUCCACGUACGAAUCGGCCGAUCGGAUCCUUCUCUCCUCGCCAAUGCUCUCGCAAGCCAACACUGCCACUCCGAACGGAAUUUCUCCGUCAAAUGGAGGCGCCGGAUCUUCGACGCACAACGAGGUCGACUACGCUCCGAUCGCAUCGAGCCGCUCAUCGAACAGAUCGAAAGCCAGUGACAAUGGAGAUAUGCGGAGUGAAAUGCCACAUCGAAUUGCCAAUGAACUGAACAACAUCUUCAAAAACAGUUCGCUUUCCUCAGACGGAUCGAAGGGAAUCUCGGUUCUUCGGCAUUCGCACAUCGAGCCGAGUUGGGGCGAUUCUCGUGAGCACCACAAUCUGCGUUCUCUGAGCACAGAUCCGGAUGAAGAGCGCGACUACGUUUCUCCGCCGCCGCUCCUCACCUCCACUCAAUUCGUCACCGCCUCGUGCUCCAUCAGUCCGGCGCCGAGAACAACCGAAAUGGAUAUUCGGAGGGACUCGCGGGACACUCUGUAUGCACCGAUGAUAAAACAGAGAGCGACGACGCUUCCGGCUAGCAACGGCGGAAGUACGACGGAAAUGAAUGCGACAGGAGUGCGGCCAGUCGGCAAAUCCUCACUGCGCGAUCAAUUGCAGUUGAUUAGAAAGGAGACAAGCACUGAAAUGAAGCCCUCGACGUGAGUGCUCAGCAAACAUCUUCAACAAUUUAAUGCGAAUUUUUUUUCAGAUCUAUAAAUGGUUCCCUCAAAAAAUCAGACACCGAAACGCUGAUCCUCGAUGCAAGAAGCACGGACAGAAGCACUGAAUCGUCCAGAAGGACGAGUCUGGAAGACGACAAGAGGUAAUCCAAUCGCAUGAUUUAUUCAUAACUAUUCUGGUUUUCAGUCCCGAUGCGUUCGCUCAACCGGACAUCAUUAACUCUUCGCGUCCACGGGGAAAGUCGCCGACCCUUGACGACAUACUCAACUCGCUGAAAGUGGCGACGAGCAUAAAUCCAUGA